GGCGCCACCUGCCUGGAGGAAUUUUGGGAUAUCCUUGCAAAGGGAGAGAACCAUGUGGUUGACAUCCCCCCUGAGAGAUGGAACAUGGAUGCCUUCUAUGACUCUGAUGUCAAUGCUGCAGGGAAGAGCUAUGCUACGAAAGCAGGGCUAUUAAAGAACUUUGAUCACUUCGACAACAAACUUUUUAAAAUCAACGAAACCGAGGCUGCCCAGAUGGACCCCCAGCAGCGCCAGGUGUUGGAGUGCACGUACAUGGCUCUGGAGGACGCCGGCAUCACCAGACAACAAAUAGCAGGACAGAAAGUGGGAGUCUACAUAGGUUCCAUGACGGUGGAUUAUGGGGAUUUGAUCUCUACCAAAUCACAAGACGUCACCAACCACACUGUGACAGGCCAGGCCAGGGCUAUAAUAUCGAACAGGGUGUCCUACGUGUUCAACCUAACAGGACCUUCCAUGACCAUAGACACAGCGUGUUCCUCAUCCAUCGUGGCAUUACACCAGGCAGGACUUGCACUCAGGGCAGGUGACUGUUCUAUUGCAAUUUGCGGAGGUGUGAACAUGUUAAUUCACCCAGCAUAUUUUAUCAAGUUAAGCAAAGCUCAGAUGUUGUCUCCCACUGACAGUGCCACGCCUUCUCAGCAAAUGCAGAUGGUUUACACCAGAGGAGAGGGAUGUACUGGAACCAAAAGAGGUGAUCCAGUAGAAGCUUCAGCUCUGGGAACCUUCUUUGAGAAAUAUCCACGCCAGCGCCACAUCGGGUCAGUGAAGACCAACAUCGGCCAUCUAGAAGCAGCUGCAGGUGUUGCCGGACUCAUCAAGGUCCUGUUGAUGAUGAAACACGACACCAUUGUGCCGUCCCUACACUUUGACAAGCCCAAUGAAGAAAUAGACUUUGACAGAUUUCAGCUCCACUGA